GGAACCUGCGUGUCAGCAGCCCGGAGCCCCGACCCCGUCCUGAAGCCUGCACAAUCAAUCCUGACUGAAGCGGAGGGACGAAGUGCAAUCCAUCCAGGGCGCAGCAGAGUUUUGAGAGGCACUAAUGCCUUGGCGUCCACCAAGGGACCACUGGCAAACUUGUGGCCAGCCAAAACUACCAUGCUUCCCAUCCCGGUUGUGCUUGGUUAUCGCCCACGAUUGGCUUCCAAAAGAGAUGAGAUGUGGUCUGAGGGACGGUAUGACUACGAACGACUUCCAAGAGAACGAGCACCCCCUCGGAGCCAUGCCAGUGAUGGCUACCAUAGAGUAGUUAAUGUUGUGCCAAAGAGACCACCUCUGCUAGACAAGAGACCGCCUCUGCUAGACAAGAGACCGCCUCUGCUAGCCAGACCCGAUGAAGGAGGCUACAGUAGAUAUUACAGUCAUGUUGAUUACCGAGAAUAUGACGAGGGCCGCAGUUUUUCCCAUGAUCGAAGAAGUGGCCCACCUCACAGAGGAGAUGAUUCUAGCUACAGAUGGACAAGAGAUGAUUAUUCCACAAGCCGACAGCCUGAACACAGGGACAUGAGAGAUGGCUUUAGAAGAAAAAGUUUCUACUCUUCUCAUUAUUCAAGAGAACGAUCUCCCCAUAAAAGGGACGCUCCUGUUUUCAGAGAAUCACCUGUGGGCCGGAAGGACUCCCCACACAGCAGAUCUGGCUCCAGUCUCAGCAGUAGAAGCUAUUCUCCAGAACGAAGCAGAACACACUCCUUCCAUCAGUCUCAGCACAGAAAGUCCACGCGUGUUGGUGCUUCCUACAAACGACAGAAUGAAGCAAAUCCAGGAAGAGGUAAAGAGAGAUCCAUCCAGUCUUUGAAAACAUCAAGAGAUACUUCACCCUCAAGUUCUUCAGCAGUCUCUUCAUCCAAGGUGUUAGACAAACCCAGCCGGCUAACCGAGAAGGAACUUGCUGAGGCUGCAAGCAAGUGGGCUAAUGAAAAGUCAGAGAAGUCAGAUGAAAAUAACUUGACUGAGAUUUCUGAGUUCGAGACGGGAUCCAUGGCUCCCUUAUUUAUCGACCAGACAGAAGAACCCGAGUCAAACACAACAGAUGGCACAGAAUUGUAUGAAGACAGCCAGCUUAGCAGUCGCUCUAAAGCCAUUGCAUCAAAAACCAAAGAGAUCGAGCAGGUUUACCGACAAGACUGUGAAACAUUCGGGAUGGUGGUGAAAAUGCUGAUUGAAAAAGAUCCUUCAUUAGAAAAAUCUAUACAGUUUGCAUUGAGACAGAACUUACAUGAAAUAGGUGAACGAUGUGUCGAAGAACUCAAACAUUUCAUUACUGAGUAUGAUAAUUCUACUCAAGAUUUUGGAGACACUUUUUAGAAGAAUUAGUGCCCAGGUCAAAAACAUUUUUUUAAAGCUUCUAGAGUUUUUCCCCUUGGAUGGUUUAAAUCCUUACUAUUUUGUGAUGAAGAGAAAUACUUUAUGAUAGCUGACCAUGUUUCUAGUAUCAAAUAAAUGUCUACAAUAACUUUUAAGGCAUCUUAACCAGAAUGUUUUCCCUAUGUGUAGAAUCUUCUAAUUUGUCUUCGUACAACUCCCAAAAAUAGUGUUCAGUUUUUUGUUUUCGUUUUUUUAAGACAGGGUUUCUCUGUAGCUUUGGAGCCUGUCCUGGGACUUGCUCUGUAGACCAGAGAGAUCUCCUGUCUCUGCCUCCCGAGUGCUGAGAUUUAAAAGUGUGCACUACCACUGCCUGGCUCAGUUAAUUAUUUAAUGUUUGACAAAGCAGUUCUGAAGAGCAGCUCUCUGUACUUAAGUCAUGUUCAGUGGUCUUCCCAGUGUGCUGGUUUCAGGAUUAUAAUUUGUAGUUAGAGGUCAUUCCAGGUUGCAUCUCAUAGGCACUGUUAGCAUUUGGAGUUGUUUGACUUGCUGCUUGCUUUUCUUCAGCUUUGUAACUUUUGGUGAUGUCCACAUAAGCUGUCUUAAGGAAUAAGAACUUUUCUAUCUUAAAGUAUUUGACUUGAUAAUAAUUCUUAUUUAGUGUAGGAAAGAAGCACUUAAAUCUGAAGGAUACCUUAGAACAAAGCCUUCUUCUCAAGUCAGUGAACUCAGUGUGUCUUCUGUGAAGUGAGACGUCUGACCGGUCUCUCUGAACAAUAGAUAAGACUGAUGGGGGUAAUCUGAGAUGCAAGAUGCAUUUAAAAUUGAGAUUUCGCAGAAAUCCUUCUGCUGGUGACUAUAAUAAUUAGACUGUACAAGAACCUGGAUUUUUGUCUUAGACCCAUUCUUUACCAAAUAGGAGCUUAUGCUUGCGAUUUUAGCAGAUUUCUCUUAAUUUCUGAGAUCUCAGUUCUAUAAACUUAGAGAGUUCCCCCCUUCCCAGGUGUUAUGAGGCAGAAAAAAGCGAAGCCAGCAGCUCCCCUCACUUGUGAUUAGCCAGUGAAUAAGUGAAGAGACAAUUAGGACAUUCCAUUCUGCUCACUUCCUGGUCCCUUCCAGUAUAGCAUUGAGCCAAAAUACAUAAUUUGUGACAUUAGGUACCUUUAAAAAAAAUUAUGAUUUUAAUUACUGCCCAAUUUCAUUAUCUACUUUUUUUUUUAAGUCAGGAUUUUACAGUAUAGCCCUAGCUAGCCUCCUGAAAACCUCUGUGUAGACCAGGGUGGCUUCAAACUCACAGAUAUUCUCCUGCCUCUGCCUCCUUCAUGCUAGAAUUAAAUAAAUAUGUGUGCCAUCAUGCUCAGGUCCCCUUACCCCCCCCCUUUUUUUUUUGAGACAGGGUCUUACUAUGUAUUCUAGGCUGGCUUCAAACUUUCCUGCUAUGGCCUUUACCUCUGGUGGUUUUCCUGCCUCAAUUUUCCUGAGCACUCAGAUUGCAGGUGUCAGCCACCAUACUUGCCAUUACUCUUAGUGGCCUCUAUUGCUGUUAUCUACAUAGAUACCCCAAAGUACAUGCAGAGUAUAUUAAAAGUAGAAAUAACAGUAUGAGUAAUUUUAAUGAGCCUUACAAUGGAUUGUGAAGAUAUGUAUUUUACCAUUUGGGAAAUUUAAAAUCUGAUUGAGGACAUUUAUUUCCUUUUACAUUUCCUAAGUGAGAGCACUUGGAGCUAUUUUUGGCAUUGAGAUUCUACACGUACUUUUACAAGCAGUGACUGCACUGCCGGUCACUUGAGAGACAGAAGACAUUGAUGCUGGUUUCCUUUCUCCUCCCACUCAUUUUCAGCUCUUUUAAUCAAGACGUUGAGAAGCAGAACUAUAAAAUUUGAGCAGCUACCGAGGCAAAUGAAUUGUUCAUUUGGUAGAAAUUCAUUAAAAAAGAGAAUCUUACUAAUAGUACUAUUUAAAUGUCGGUCCAACCAAUAAUCUUCCCUCAAAUUACAUUCAGCAUUUGAAGCUAUUUUUAGCUUGCCGUCAGCAUUAUUCUGUAGGUUUGUCAGUGUUACAUGUUUUUAUUUUUUUACUAUGCCUUUUAAAGUCUCAUUUUAAGGCACAUAAAUUCUUAUGUGUACUAGAAUAUAUAUUUUGUAAAAUGUUUUUGGUUAGAUGUUUGUAAAUUAUCCAUUGUUUAGGUAUACUUAAUUUGUGUGGUGACAAACAUUCCCAUUGUCUUACCAUAAAGCCUUGAGGAUCAACAUGGGGGGGGGGGACAGAUGCUGCAAAACUUUUGUGAAUUUUAAAAAUCCAAAAUAAAGCAACAAUUCUAA